AUGCCUCAGGCUUCUUCUUCAACCCUACGAAAUUUAGUAAGACUGCCUCCAACAAAUACUGCUACAGCUACAGCUACAGCUACAAAUACAACUACAGUUGAUCCUGCAUAUAACAACGAGAAUAAUAACAAUAAUAAUUUUGAUGAUAACAGCAUCAAUGAUGGAAUUAUCAAUAAUACCAAUAAUACUAUAGACUCUAUCAAUAAUAACAUUACAAAUAGCAUCGGUAAUAUAGCACGUCCAAAGAGACAUAGCUCCAAUUCUUAUAAUAAUUAUAAAACUAUACCCUUUACCAAAAGACGAAUAGCCGCUUGCACUCCAAUUAAUAUCAAUAAUAAUAACGACAACUAUAAUAAUAAUGAAAACAUGAUCUUAAUGAAUAAUAAUAACAAUAAUAAUAACAUCAACAACUCCUUUAUAGAUAAUUUGGAUUAUUUAUCCAAUACAAACAACAAUACUAACAUGAGUACAAUGGCUCAAUAUACUCCCUCUAAAGGAACUACCAUAUCAAGAAGACCAAGCAUAAUAAUAAGAAAACAACAACAACAACAACAACAAUCGCAUUUUACAACUGCUACAACAAUAAAAUCUCCAUCAAAUCAUACUUCUGUCAAUAUAACUCCUCAAGCUUCAAAUUAUGAUCCUGCUUCGGAACCUCCAAAUUCUCCUUAUUAUUUAACAACAAAUUCAUAUUCAAAUAUGAAAAAUAAUAAUAACGCUAAUACUACUAAUACAAACAAUACCAUACAACCAUCUCCAUUACCAUUACCAUUACCAAUGGAUAUACCGACAAAUAAUAGUAAUAAUAAUAAUAAUAAUAAUAUAACAAGAUCAAAUAAUAACAAUCCUCAAUCAAGAUAUUUCUCUCCGUCUCCAUUGCCUCCUCCCUUGCAACAAAAUCAUCAUCAACAACAACAAACAUCUCAUCUUAAUCCAAUCUCUUUGUCUAAUUCAACUUCAACUUCAAACCCAAAUAUAAAUUCAUCUGCAUUAAAUAACAACAACAACAACAACAAUAAUAAUACUAACACUGACAACAACAAUUCAAAUAAUAAUAAUUCAAAUAACAAUAAGACAACUAAUAACCCGCAUGACGAUAACAAUAAUAAUAAUAAUAAUAACAAUAACCAACAACCUCCUCCACCACCUCCUCCUGGCUCUUCUAUAACCACGAAAACUUCAAGUCAAGCUUUGAUACAAAAAUUACAAGAUAUUUAUAAAUUGAUUGUUAAACAAGAAAUUCAAUUACAAGAUCGUUGUUCACAAUUAACCACAUCACAAACAACUGACUUGAAAAAUUUAUGGACCAUUUAUAAAAUUAAUUUGGAUUUAAUUAACAAUUAUAUUAAUUUCAUAACAAAUGCCCUUUUACCAACGCAAUCUAAAAAUGAUUUACAUAUUGGUGAAGAAAUUAUUGAAAUUUAUAGAAUUGAAAGAAGAUUAUGGGUUUAUGGUACAAUCACAUUCUUAGAUGUACUUAAAAGUUUUUCCAAUUUUAUGGACCCUGAAGUUUGUUGUCAAUUUAUUAGUCAUGUUUUCAUCGCCAUUUCAUUAAUAUUAAAUGAUAUCCCCAUGAAAUAUUCAAUCCAAUGGUUACAACGUCUUGGUGAUUUAUCAAGAAUGGCCAUUGCAUUAUACCCUUCAGGGUUCAUUGAUUGGAAAUUAAGUGCUGAACAUUGGUAUAAUGAGGCAAUGAAAUUCACUUAUUCUCAUGGGAAAUUAUAUUAUCAUAUGUCUACAGUUCAACAAAAUACAUUGGAAGCAUUUGUUAAUUUGGGGAAAAGUGUAUUUUGUCAAGAAACUUUUACUCCAUCACAACAAUAUAUGCAAUUAGUCAUUGAUAACAUUUAUCAAAGAGCUUUCGUGGAAAGAAAUAAUGGCAAUCAUAGAAAUUUACAAUUAAUUGAAUAUUUAAAACAUACCGAAGUAAUGUUAUUACCAACUUUUUUGGAAAGUUUAGAUUUACAAAAUGUUGUGUUAGUUUAUUUCCAGACUAAAUUCGGCAUACUAGACUCAACUCCACAACCACAAACGUCAGACAACAAUAAUAAUACAAACGGAGCAAACGUAAAUAUACCAUACUCUUCUUCUUCUACUACUACUUCUUCUUCUUCUUCUUCCGAUAACACUACAAGAUCAUUCACUACCAUAGAUAUCUUUAGAAAUCAAGAUAUGUUUAUUCAAAAUCCUGAUCAUUUAAAAUAUUUCUUUAGACAUUCAGGAACUUUUGCUCAAUCUCAUAUCUUACAAUUAGUUGGUUUCGGUGAUCCAAAAAAUCCAUUUGCUUUAUUAUUCGAAUUACCAAAAUUUUUAAAAGAUCGUAAGGAUAAAAAAUCAAAACGUAAAAAUUCACAAACUGCAACAACAACAACAAUAACUGCAAAUACUUCUCAAACAACAACAACCACCACAAAUAAUAAUAUUGUAAAUAUGACAGACAACAACAUUAAUACAAAUAAUGACAAUGACAAUGGUAAUUGUCCAAGUAAAGACGGGUCCAUGAUGUCAAUUGAUUACAUAAAUAAUAUUAAUUUGAAUUCAAAUUCAUCUAAUAUUAAUCAAUUAUUUGAUAAUAAUUAUUCAAAUAUUUUAUGUGAAGAAUUUUUCGAAAAUAUUGAUUUAUUACAAUUCCCAUAUAAGAUCCCACAAACUAUUGAAAUUUGGUUAGAAUCAUUGAAAAAUAUUAAUUUAAUUUCAUUAAAAUGUAGUAUCAUUGUUUUGAAAAAAUUCUUAAAUGGUCCAAUAUUAAUUGCAUUACCACAUUUAUUAACUUGGAUUCAUUUCAUAAUUUCAAUCCUUUUAAAAAUUGAAAAUUCAAUAACUGAUAAUCAAAGUAAAAUUUUUUGGUAUUCAUUUUUAAAAUGUAUAAUACCAUGGAAUUCAAUCGUGAAUUUUUUAAACGUUUUAAUGGUUUAUUUAUUAGAUAAUAUUAAUGAUGAAAAUUUCAAAUUAAUCAUUUCAUUAUCAAAUAAAUAUAACUCAAUGUCAUCAUCAUCAUUGAAUGAAAUGUUGAAGUUUUUUAACCAAAAUGAAAAUUUACCUGAAAUUUGGAAAUGUUGGGGAACCCUAUGGUUUGAUGUCAUUUGUAAUAAAAAUAUUAAUUCAGAUACAACUUUUUUGAAUCAAAAUAAUAAUAAUACUACUACUACUACUAAAAAUAAUGGUGAAGAUAUUCUUAAUGAUAAUUAUGAUACUGAUAAAACUUUAAGAGCAAUGGGUAUUGAAGAUCAUACAAUUUUGGAUUGUCCAUUAGAUGGUAUUGGAUUUGUAGCCAAUGAUGAAGAUGGUAUCAACUUUUAUAAAAGAUCAAUUAGAUUGAUCUUUUUAUGUAAAUCAAUGAUUGAAACUUUCCCCAAUUUAGGUCUCAAGAUAAGUCAUGAAACUUCAAAUUAUUGUCGUAAUACAAAAAUUCCUCAAAAUUUCAUUCUAAAUAAUUUUGCAUUUAAAUUAACAAAUCUGUAUGAUCCAUCACUCAUCAUCAUUCCACAAACAGAACAGAACAUUGAAAAUGAAAAUGAAAAUGAAAAUGAUGAUCUAGAAUUCAAUAAAUCAAUCUUAUCAAAUAUUAUGGAAUUUUUCCAAAUUCAUGAACCAAUUGAAGAAAUUAAUUUAAAUUUACAACUACAACCACCUUUAAGUAUAUUAGGAGGUAAUGAAAAUAUUUUCAAUUAUCUUGGUUAUAAAAGAUUAAAUUUUAAUAUUCAAUCAUUCCAUGAAAAUGGUGAAAUCAUUAGUGGGUCCAUUUAUUCAUCAUGGCCAAUAGAUUAUAAUAAAUUCAAAGAACAGCAACAACAACAACAACAACAAGAGCAUCUUGUCAACGAUUCAACAAUGAAAAACGAAAAUGUCACCGUGGGCGAUAUUACCCCCGAGGAUGCAUCAUUUAAAGAGUUUAUGAAAUUAUCAUUUCAUUUAAAAUUAUCCACAAGAUCAAACAAUUCUCAAACACAAAAUACUCAUAAGAUGGGGGUUAGUAUUAAUAAACACAGAACAUUUUUCGUCUUUGAUGCAACAUCGUGGUUAAGACAUUUUGCUCAUAUUUAUAAAUUAUCCAAAAAUGGGUUUUUAAAAUUUGCUGUCUGUUUAACCACAUUCCAAGAAUUGAGAUUCUUAAGAAAAUCUAAAGAUGGUAAUGUAGUCGAAGCAUCAACAAGAGCUAUCAUUACAAUGAGACAAUUAUAUAAAGAGGGUAAAUUAUUACCAUUAAGAUUUACAGGUAAUGUAGCCACUGAUAUUGAAGAACAUUUAGAAUUUGAAGAACAAAUUACUUGGAGAUCUCAUGUUGAUGAAUUUGUCAUUGAAGCCAUUAUUAGAUCUCAAGAAAGGUUUAAAACAAAAUCAAUUCAAAAUUAUAAUCUUUAUAAUGACGAUGAUGAUGAUGAUGAUGAUACAAAAACGGGCACUACUACUUUAUCCAAUACAAGUGUUGGUGUUGAUAAUAAUGUAAAUAAUAGUAGAAAUACGAAUGUUGAGAAUGAAUUAGUUACAGGAUUUUCAUCUCCAACACCUUUACCUAUUGAUGUUACUGCCGAUGACAAAAUGAAUAAGAAUCAAAUCAAUGAUAUUGCAAAUGCCAAUGCCACGAGUGAUAUUGAUAUCGAUAUUGAUGCAAAUGAUGAUGAAGGUGAAUUAUUUUUAUUGAUGAAGAAAAUUUCCAAUAUGUUGUUUUAA